GGGUACAGUGCGAGGCCUGAACCCGGUCACAUCAUAAUCCGCUGCUGAAAAUCCCUUUCCCCCUCAGCCCACUUGGGAACCAAUCGUUCCAGUUGCGUUCAGAUGGCACAGAGAACUUGAAAACGCACCUACAGCCAGCUCAAAUAAAAAAGCCCCAACAGCACACCGUGUCCUUGGGUCUCUUGAGAACGUCCCACCCACAGGCCACUUGCGCACAUGCAUGUCACGCCGACAACGGACAAUCCGCCCACUACUAUUCUAGAAAACUUUACACAAUCCGCCCACUACUGUUCUAGAAAACUUUACACAAUCCACCCACUACUAUUCUAGAAAACUUUACACAGAUCUAAUUGCUGACUGAUGAACAAUGUCCGGGAACAUCAUGCUUUCUCCGUCGCCACCUACCUCUCUCCUCUCGCUCUUCAACUCCCUAUCAUACUCGCAAAUGGACAAUCCACCCACUAUUAUUCUAGCGCACUUCUUCACACAGAACAAUGCCCUGGACACAAUCCGUCCAUAUCACAGCCGUUAAUCGUGUGGUUUCUCCCUCUCCCUCUUCCCCUCCUCCCUCUCCUACUCCCCCUCCUCCCUCGCCUACUCUUCCUCUCCCUCUUCCACUCCCUCUCAUCCUUGCAAACACACAAACAGCAACCUACAUAUCCAGUCAAAUCAAAAGACCCCUCCAUCAUACAAACAUCUCCCUACAUCCUUCGCCUUCGCCUUCGCCUAGUACAUCUACACGCCCUUUCUAGAUCCAAUUCUACCCAUCUUUGCUAUAUCUACCUUGUCUUAUCGAUUGCCACUUCCCCCCCCCGCACACCCUCGCACCUCUGCAGGCCUUGCACCAGGUGGAUGGUCUCUCUUAUAACAGGAGCGACAAAAGCAGGGGGGGUUAUUUGGGGCCUAAGGGUCAUGACUUCAACCCCUCUCCACACAAUCUCAUCUGAAGACUCUGGUUCGUACGCCAAUCCUUCACUGCUGCAACCCAAAGACUACUUCUGAGUCUUAGUACUGCUUGCCGCCCUGCUUCGAAUAACAUAACAUGAGCCAUGGCUGGUUUCACAUUGUUGUUACAAUUGCAUACUCCCUCCCCUGGCUGGUUUCCUGGCUGGAUACAGAAGGGACAAGAAACACAACAGAUACAAACACACAAAAGCGCCUACUCUAGAAGACUAUACUAGUUCUCCACCUCCACUCUUGUGCGCAUCGCAUCCAAAUUUCAGUCCAGAGGAGAGUAUCAGCUCGAACGACUCACUGAGCAGCUACCGUAGACGUGCUACUAUUCCCGUGCACACAAGGAAACGACCCUCCUUUCCAGCGGACGAUCACCAAUCAAGUGUCCACCUAACAUUGACAAAGUUAUCGGGACAAGUGCAAACGCAACCGCAACGGCGCAAACUCCUUUCCGAUCCCUUCCGCCUCGCAUAGUAGUCGAUCAACUUGAAGAAAAAACUUCAAAACAGUAACAGAAACUUUUUUCAGAGAACUUAAGAAAACAUGAACACUCAAUGUGGUGGAAGUGUACAUAACAAAAAAAUCUGCCCGCUGGAGCUGGAAAAAGCUGAAGCUGCAGAGGAUCUCAAUGUGGUGGAAGUGUACAUAACAAAAAAAUCAACUCCUUGCAGAUCCUGCCGGGCUGUGCACUGUCGGGAGACCCAAACCCUGAAGAAGCUCUCGCUGGCAGGCACGCUCUCACGGUCUCACGCAUGCCUCCCCAAUCCGAACGAUCAUGUUGAAGAAGCCGAACCUGGACGGCAGCGGCAGCCACGUUCUCACCAUCUCACGAAUGCCUCCCCAAUCCGGUUGAUCAUGUUGAAGAAGCCGAACCUGGACGGCAGCAGCAGCCACGUUCUCACGCAUGCCUCCCCAAUCCGAUGGAUCAUGUUGAAGAAGCCGCGACCACCAAUCUCACAGCGAAUUUGCAGACACCAUGAGAGCCCUGAUCUUCGUUGGGAGAUCGAAGCGGGGAAGCCAACUUCCACCUCUCCUAUGGAGGAGGCAUCAUCGAUGCGGAUGACUAACUUGAAAAGGAUGACACGUGUACAACUGUGCAGUAUGGGCUUGCGAAGCCCUUUCCUCUUUUUUUUUUUUUUUCCUGCUCGGUGAACCUUCCUUCGUUGGACGAUCGCCUGCUUUAUUGCCCAUCAGCGAUGGGAUGGGUGGAGUUUGCUAUCCUCAUCACUGCCUGCCUCUUUUCCAACACCUCUCAUCGUGUGUAGAUUGCGAUUCAAACUUCAAAUUUCGAAGCCAAUUUUCAAUCGUAUGUUAGCGCCAGAUAGACAACCAAGGCUUUGCCAGGAUGGUGGUCCCACGGCGGCAACGACAGCAAAAUCAAACGCUUCCAACCUGCUGCGUUUCACCGUCAAACUUCCCUUUUUUUUUUUUUUUUGCAGAUACACAUCAUCAUCCGUACUUAAUGCAGAUAUACAUCACCUCCUUUUCCGUUCGGAUAAAAAAAAAAAAAAAAAAAGAGGAAACCUCCUCUCCUCCCUCUCACAGACUUUCAACAGUCCACUACAUAUCCAUCAUCUCCACAUCGACACCCAUUCAAAUCAAUACCUGACACAACCUAGAUAAAUGCCCGAUCUUGCUGAAGAAGAUAUCGUAGCAAUCAUCACGACAACCGCUUACAUAAUCAUCAAACACAGUUAUACCCAGAAACUCUUAAUAUGGAAAAAAAGAGAAAAAGAUGAUAAAAUUAAGGAAAAGGAGAAGGCGGGGGGAAUAUGAUGAAGAGCCCAUCUCCAGCAAAAUGCUGAAAACAGACAUCUGUUUUGCAGUCAGGCAGCCACCUGCACAAACGAAGUUGGCACGGCUUGGGCCACCUGUGCCGAGGCGCACAUACAACGAUACCUACGUAGUACCUACCCUCUGCUCAGCAGCAGCGUAACAGAGCAACACUCGGCGAUCAAACAUCUCUGAGUCAUCUCACAGAUAACUGUCCAGUCCUCUCCGUCACAUCUCAUCUGAUAGAUGAGAGAGGGAGAAAAAAAAAAACUACCAUUACGUUCAGUACAACGCUCUCAAAGCAGAUUCAGCAGAAAGCACAGGCACAACAAGACACUCAUACCAGAGUUGUGGUUGGCACUGGUUGCCACAGUGUGGCAUGGAGACUCUGCGGCAAGAUCGGUACACCUACUACCUAGUGCCCUCUUCUCUUCUCGUCAGCAGCAUAACACACACUGGCACCUGAUAGUAGGGCCAAGUCCACUGAUCGUCGUCAAGAUCCCAGCUGGCAGACGGGAGAGGAUUCAAACGAAAAUACAAAGUAACGACACGCAAUGCUUUUUUCAUAGUAUUGCUCUCAAAUCUCAAAGCACUGGAAACGACGACCUCUCUCUCACCUCCUUCACCAGAGAUUCUCCACCCUUUAUAUCCAAUACCCCCUCACAAAAACCGCACAGGCGAAGGGUGGGGGGGGGGGGGAGGAAGGGAGGACCCCCCCCACCACCCCCCCCUCCCACCCCUUUUAUUAGCCAUGUGAGUAGUGAACAAUAACACACUGUCUUCCCCCAUCCUGUCUUCAGCGAAUCGUGAUCGUCGGUUGGACAGGGCCGCCAUACGAUACAUCUCCAGCAUCGUACAGAAUCGUACACCCAAGUCUAGGAUAAAUCGUACACCUAUCACUGCGCAGCGUCGAAGUUUCACACCCAAUAGACCUCCACAUGGUGGUGGUACACGGAGAAAGAAUUCUCCGGCAGUACAAGAAACAAAUUCCCACUGCCAAAAAAAGCACAAGGCAUUUUCCGGCGAACUGCUAGCUCCUCUUCUCCUUUGUUGUGGCUGGUGGUCCUGCUGUUCUGCACCCCCUGACGGAAAAAAAUUGACGCGCAUGGAAUCGAAACGCUCCCCUUCGUGGCUGCUGCGCAGCUGACAGAACCAACAGCACAAAAGAUUUGUGCAAGCACAGUAGUAGCCGACAGAACCAACAGCACAAAAGAUUUGUGCAAGCAAAGUAGUUAUUUCUGUGCUCGCUGUCGAACCUCACUGCCACCGAUGGCGGAUGGACGCUGCCAACAAAGACAAUUCGCUCAU